UCAAAUGUUAAAAUAAUCUAGAAAGCAAUGAUUAGUUUUUCUAAAUAUAAUACAACUUCAACUUCACAACAACAUCACCUCGUUAUAGUACUAAGGAGUUGGAAAUCAUAUAAAUACCUAUACUUUAUAUUUUUGGUUAAGCCAUGAGUUCUGAAAAUUCUGAGCUGUUCGAUUGGCCUUCAGGAAGAUUCGAUAAGAGUAAAAUAGAUGAUGUGGGAAAUGGAGAUAGCGAUUUUUCUGAUACAUCUUGGGAUUGUUUCGGCGACCGCAAAAGUCUUGAUUGGAGUGAUAUAGUUGACAGCGAUCCCUAUGUUGGCAUUAAUGUGGACAGCGAGUCAUCGUCCGAAACUGGCUGCCAAUGCUAUCCUAGGAAGUAUAAUAAGUUACCUGUUGGCUGGAUAGAACGCAUGGCACCCAGAACUAAGGAGUGCUAUUUCUAUGACAAAAGUACCCGUAAGGUAUAUUUCACAUUGCCUCCGAAGGACAGCAGAGAAGCUGAGAGAGUCGGCUGGAAUGGCAUUGCCGAAAACUGCUGUGAAUGCAAUUACCGAUGCACUGUUCGAUGCAGCCACUUAUUGGUAAAGCACAGUGAAUCCGAUAGAUGUAGCUCGUACCGUAAACGGGUGGUGAACAGAACUAAGGAAGAAGCCCUAGGCAAAAUUUCGCAAGCCCGGGAUCUAAUAACAACCGGCAAAAUAGGGUUUGCUGAAUUGGCUAGAGCGAUCUCAGACUGCUGUUCCGCUCGACAUGGCGGUGACCUGGGCGCCUUUAAACUUACGCAAACGUCUUAUGGCUUCGAGAAAAAAGUUUUGCGCCUUGGGAUGAAUGAGCUCUCUGAUAUUUUUGAGACGACGGCUGGAUAUCACAUUUUGUUGCGGACGCCGGUUGAAAAGGGGGAUAGUGACUCCAGGAAAAAUCACAGGCAUUUUGAAAAAUUAGACGAUUUUAUCGAAAAAGAGGAGUGUGAAACCCACAUAAACACAAACAAAUAUUUUCCUAGCUAUCUGAAGAAACCGGAGACCGACAUAUGCAAUUUGCUCGGACAGGAACCUAAAAUCCAUGAAUUGGAAAGUGAGUCCAGUGGCUCCAGUAGUGACUUAUCCACAGAUAGUCCAUGCUUUUGCAUGCCUUUUGUGUCCCAGACCUCAGCGAAGGGCAGCAAUUUAAGAAUGUACACUUCUCUGUCCCAUCCCACAGACAAAAGUAGCAAAUUCAGAUUCUACAUUCAACAGAAACGUACAUUAAGAAGGAAAAUGAUUCAGGAAAAGUUUGAUGAGGACAUGUACCUUGGAAAGUCCUUCAAAUUAAUAGAAAUUAAUGCUCUGGGAAAGAGUGUCAUUAAACUUCGAGAAAUGGAAAAGAUUUCUUAAUCAAUCAACGGAAUGUAAGACACUUUAUAUAAACCUCUAC